AUGGGCGUCGUGCAGACCGAGAAGAAGAAGAGACGUCGCGGCGGCAAGAAGGAGCAUAUCAAGAGACAACGCCGGCAAAAGUGUGACUCUCCUGACGACGACACAGAGACCGACGACACCGAAGACGUCGAGAUGCCUGCUUUUGAAACCCGUAGCGCAGAAGGCAAAGGCCUCGGCCUGUUUGCAAGCCGCGACAUCAUGGCUGGGGAACGUCUGAUUCAGGAAAUUCCAGUCUUCAUCCUUCCCAAGACGGACACUAUGAAUGCAGCCAUCGUCGAGAGCUUCAUGCACUUACAGCCGGAGCAGCGUGCGGCAUACCUGGAUUUGAGCUCCUAUACUACGUGCACUGCAAAGACACAAUUCAGAGUUGAUGAAACGUCAAUGGCUGAGCAAGUUGAUCGUCGCAGUCGUGCCUCCGACGUGCAGUCUCUUAUCAGCGGUUCUGACAUUCACAACUGCAGGUUUCCCAAUUCGCUCGGCGGCAGCGACGAUCACAGCUUCAAAAAGCCAUACAAGCUCGAGCUGUCGGAACUCGAAGCCACCAAAUCCAAACCACCGGUACAUGAGUCCAGGAUUGAUUCGCCAGUCUGCGACGUCGAAGAUUUGACAAAGGCUCUCCAAGCAACAACCAUUGACGUGGAUGUGGAACACGGUGUGGAUGCCCCAGACGACAAUACAGUUGAUUGCGAAAUGACCGAUUCACUUGCUGCUCAAGUUGUCAACAUCUGGCGUACUAACUCCUACAUGCUCGACGACGGUAUCACUCUUGACUCUGCUGGCGUCGGCCUGACUGCCUCACGUCUCAACCACUCAUGCAUUCCAAACGUCUACUCUGCUUACAACAGCAGAACCGGAUACAUGACUGUGCAGGCCGUGAAACCCAUUGCCGCUGGAGAUGAGCUGUGCACCGCCUACAUCAACGGCGCGGGCAAGUCGCGUUCCGAGCGACGUGCUGAGCUGAGUAUGUGGGGGUUCACCUGCACCUGCAUUGCUUGCGCCGACGGCCGUGACGAGUCUGGCCGCCGGGACAUCAAGACGCUGAUGAACAAGGUCGAAGGGGUCAAGACGCAGAUACAGCAAGGUUCUGCAGACCUGUCGGUCGCCCAAAUCGAACAGACGGUUGGAGAUCUGCUCGACCUGGCUACACUGAUGAGCGACGAAGGCUUGCUGGGCCCAGACUUGGCUGAUGUCUGUUUUGGCGCAGCCAGAUGCUGCAUGCUCAUUGAUCGCCGCGAAGAAGCUGGCGCCCUCCAGGCAUCCGGCUUUGACAUUCUGCUACGCGGCUAUGGCAUUGACAACCCAAUCUGCGGCGCCGCCCUUGAGGCUGGAGACUUGGACGAAGCUUGA